AUGCACGUAACAUAUCAGCGACGACUUGCUGGCAAAGAACAUUUUAAAUUUCCAGAGUCGUGUAACAUUUACUCUGGAUGCACAGAUAGUGUUUGGGAGGUUAACAGAGAGAAUGAUUCCACGGGAUCUCAUUGAACUCGCGAGAAUGCUUAAUGGUCGAGAUGCAACCAAAUGAAAUAUCGUAGUUUAUAUUAAUUGCGUACGAUGCUCAAUAAUGUGAUAAUACUGAAAUGUGAAAUCAUAUAUAACCUCUCCUUCGAGUGACAAGGAAUGGGAAAACGAAAAGGUGUUAUAAUGUAAACAUGACGGAAGAACUCUCUGGUGUGACGAUAGUUAUAUUUAUCGCGGCUGGUGUAUUAACAAUGUUAUUGCUAUUUAUUUUUGCGAAACGUCAAAUUAUGAGAUUCGCUUUAAGAUCACGUCGAGGCCCUCAUAUUCCGAUCGGACACGAUGCAAGGAAGUCACUAAAGAAGGAAAUUGAAAGGCGAAUAGAAGUAAUACCAAGGAUUCAGUACGAACCGCAACUUAUUAGCGAUCCACGAUUUAUCGUGACUCCUCGUGCACAAGUUCCACCACAUUACUAUAGAUUGAAAGCGGUGGACGAUAUCAGAUCGUUGGAAGCUGAAAUUACGAAGUACGAUAGUUGUCUGAAAAGGCAUCCGUCUGAAAAUUUAAGAGCAUAUCUGCUCUCUACUCUAGCUACUCCACUGAACGGUAGCGGUCAAAGAUUAAUUCAUCAGUUUUGCGACUUGUACGAACACGCUAGGCACGAUCCAACCGAAUUUGGAGACGACGAGUAUCAAGUGUACACUCGAUUGUUUCUGAAAUUAAUGGAUGCAGCCCGUUUAUUAAAAUCCUAUCCAAGCAGUAGAAAAUCUAGUCCGAGUCGUACACCUAUAAAAAAAAGUGUUGAGACAAAACGGAACAUAUUGGAACCUAGGAUGAAAUUACCGGAAGACCAUACAUUAACCGGAUCAAGACCAAAUACUCUGACGGUCAUGGCUUUGGACAAUAGUGAAACAUCUGUUUAGUUGAUGUUUAGACAACGUACGAUCUCCGCGUAAAACUGAAGAUACGGAUCAAAGUUGGCGAACGCUUCGAAGACUUUACACGUAAACGCCGUAUCGUCGUAACCGGUACGUCGUUCAACGAACAUCUCUCUCAAUAAAUUUGUUGCCAUAUUCAACGCAUCCGAGCACAAUAACGACGGAUACGCCAUCCACUUCAACAUCGAUGCUAUCAAAGUAUUCAAAAAUAUGUCGCUGCACGACAAUUUCUUUGUUAUCGUUGCACCUAUAACAUAAUUCGUUCGAAUUAAAACUACAAGCGCAAAGAUCGAUCGGUAUCUGACAAUUUGAAGCGCUUACAUAUCUGCAAGGUACCGUGCAAAUAAAUGGCAGGACACGAAACGAUCGCUUCUGCCAUUAACGCCAACAUAAAAUCUCCUAUGCGGACAUCGCAUUGAUUUAUGAUCACGAGCAGCGUGUCGAAAUUUGGUGUUGGAUCCGAUCCGUGUUUCAACAAUCGAAUAGACAAUGAUGCCAGCACGGGAGCGAUCGCCGUACAGUAAUCUUUAUCGUUUUCUCGGGACGCUUUCUUUGCAACUUCUAAAAUUCUAUAAUUCGUAUUUAUGCAAGAAUAAACGUCGGCGGUGUGCAACCAAAGCAAUACUUCCAUCUGCAAACAUUCGCUGUGCUCCGAUCGAGACAACAACUGCCAAGUUUGUUGCGCGCAGCAUUCCAGUGGAUUUGGAAAAGGAUUACACAAAAUAUAGAGAAAAACAGGCCGUAACAUUGCUACGCUGUUCUUUCUGACUCUAAAAUACUUGGUCUCUUAGUACGGGUGGAAACAUAUUAAAAAAGAAGAAAGAAACGUACGCUUUUCUACGUACCGAGAAUCUUGGUGAUUCGUAACGCGUGCCAUUUGAUUCAACACGCAUUGCCAACUGUAUUUGUCCCGAUUAAAAAUCAUAAUGAAGGGGUGUUGAGGGGCAUGAAGCGUAAAUGGAUACAUGGCAUCGUCUUCCUUGUUGUUUUUCAAAUGCAUGAUUAAUAAAUGCCCGAUAGCCGUGGUAGCAACCGUAUAAUUUCUGAAGCAUAGAACAUGUUUGUUACGAAGUUACGAAGAAGCUGGUCGUACGAUCGAGUCAAAAAUCGCUUGGAGGGGUUUACUUGAUGGAGGAAAGACUGGACACGAAUGUGGACAGUGCCUCGCCAAUGUUCCAAAAUCCAUUCUCGACCAGCGCUAUAAGAGCCUGACAAGCGGAUAUGCUGACAGCGGCAUCCGCACUAUCUCGUUUCGCCGACAACAACUUGAACUCGGGCAACUGUCGCAAACGAAAACAUUAAAAAGACCGCCAGAAUCGUUCGAGACUAAACACCACCAACACCAACAAAUAUCGUUUACUUGUGAAAUCUUAUCGUCGGCAUGAUCGUGUCUCUUUUUCUUAAUAGAAUCGAAAAGCUUUGCUAUUGCCUGCAGAAAGAAACACGUUAGAAUAAUAUUGUAUGGCAAAACAAAAUAAGUGGAUACAUUGAUUUCAGAAAAGGCGCAUCGGCGUAACUCACGUGCGAUAUUAAAACAGGAUUUGCAGAUUGUAACUUGUAUUCUAUUUCGUCCAUUUUACAGAAAAGAAAAUAUUCUUAUAUCGGAUAAAUCUGUCUACGGAAUUCUACGAGCAUUUCUUGAGACAGAGUUAUCGAUGUUCGAUUCUUGGACGAAACGAGGUUACGACACUUAACCUACAAUUGCAAUUGAUAUAAAAUAAAACGUUCUUCUCGACGUAUUUUUUCAGUCGGACUUGAAAGAUGGAAAAAAUUGCGACGGUUACGCGCGAUGGCAACGACUUUGAUGAAAGGUUGAACAAUUUCGACGAACGACUUUUGACAAACGGAACGAUUAUUUUGCUUUCGCUGCACUGCGCGACCGUGGUUUAUCGUUGCGGUCGAAAACAGUCGAAGAGUCGAGCCGUUCGUCGUUUUUCGCGCCAUCAGGGGGUUCGAAAAUACGCGCGGAAUUCAACAUGCGACACCGGAAAAACUCAACAAAUCGACUGCUACGAGAACCAUAAGAUAUCGUAUAGUGAGAUUUUUUAAUGUAUUUAUUCGUAUGGACAAGUUGGAGCAUAGUGCACAAUAUAUUUAAUAUAUAGUAGUCUGAGGAAGGGGAUCAGAAUACAUUCUGGAGCUUGAACACAAUAUCUUACAAUUUAACGACAAGAUGCCUGCAUUUCUGUACUUGCUUUCUGUACGUAAUGUUACUCGUAUAUUCAUAUAUUCGAAGUGUAUAAUAUAUAAAGCGCAACGACUCGCUAUUUUUAUCAUUCUAAAAAAAGGAGACGAGAAUACGGGUCCUUGUUUAUUAGGUUUGCGUUAAGUUACGUUAACGUUAACGUUACGUUCCGUUACGUCACGUUACGUCACGUUACGUCACGUUACGUUACGUUACAUUUCAGUCCAUUUUAUGUUGUCGCUUGUUCUUUUUCUUCGAUCGAGAAUUUGUUGUAAUGGAUUAUGCAACAUCGUGGCAAAUACGCAGUACUCGCUAAAGUAUAUCCUUACUUGGAAGUUGUCUCCAAUUGCUAAUUACAUCCGUUAGUUUCGCGCGCGUAGUUUCGUAGAGGAUAGAAUUCUCGUUAAUGGAGAGAUCGCGGAGUUACAAGGCGGGGGACGACGCGAGACGACGAUCUAUCAUCGUCGAGGAGAGCGAGGGGAAAGGGGGAACCGUGCGAGAAUACCGUACGGUUUUGGGAAAAGAAACGAAACCAAAGAAUCCCGUUUGUCGUCGUAAGUUCGGUAUAUCGUUUUGCCUCGAGGAUUGCGAGAGUUUGCGAGUUUGCGCGUUUGCUAGUUUUUGUUUGUUUGCGAAAUGGAAUGGAACGGAACGUUCUGGUAUAUUCGACGAUUGGAGACAGCUCCUUUUUCUCGCGUAAUCAGCGAUUAACGAUCUACAUUAAAUUUUGUUUAAAAGCAAAUACACUUUACAGCCUAUACAAAUC